GCGGAUACCGGUUCCGAGCGCUCUGCGUUCCAGCGGCGGCGACCAACCCGUGCGCCGCGGCGCGCGUUUGUUCACCGGUUUGAUACAGUCGACGAACGACGAACCGCUAGUUACGGCGACUGCAUCGAUUGGGUGCGGACUAUCGCCAUCCGAUACGUGAUACACGCGAACUAACGACAACGACGACGACAAUAAAAAUAUUAUCACGAUUCCAGAUCGGCGGUGACAUACGAUAUUUCGCCCAAACAUUGCUGACAAACUGAUCCGAUCGUUGAGUAAUAGCGCAUAAAGGACGACGAUAUGGCCAUAUUCCCAAUGCUGUCGGCUGUGGCCGGCUUCAUUAAGGUGCGUUAUGUGGUGGACAAGGCCAACAUCGAUAACGCAGUGUUCAGAGCGCAUUACAGGCUCACCACGGCAAUACUCUUUGGAUGCUGUAUAUUGGUUACAGCUAAUAAUCUUAUCGGUGAUCCUAUAUCUUGUAUAACUGAUGGUGCUAUCCCAGAACAUGUCAUUAACACAUUUUGUUGGAUUACUCAUACGUUUACAUUGCCAGAUAAAAUUGGUAAAGGUCUUGGUACACAUGUUGCUCACCCUGGUGUAUCAGAUUAUAUUGAUGGCCAAGAUCAAGUACGCUAUCAUGCUUAUUAUCAAUGGGUGCCAUUCAUGCUGUUUUUCCAAGGCAUUCUGUUCUAUGUGCCCCACUGGUUAUGGAAAAAUUGGGAAGAAGGCAAAAUUCGCAUGAUCACUGAUGGUGUCCGUGGUGCUUCCAUUGGACAAAAUGAUGACAGACUAAGUCGUCAAAAACAAUUAGUUCAAUACCUUAUUGAUACUUUACAUAUGCAUAAUGUUUAUGCUUCAGGAUAUUUCUUAUGUGAAGUAUUCAAUUUUUUGAAUGUAAUUGGAAACAUGUUCCUUAUAGACAGUUUCUUAGGAGGAGAAUUUUUCUCAUACGGUACUAAAGUUUUAGAACUCAGUCAAAUGGAUCAAGAAAACCGAAUGGACCCAAUGGUAGCUGUUUUCCCAAGAGUAACAAAAUGCACAUUUCACAAAUAUGGUCCAUCCGGAUCAAUGCAAACACAUGAUGCACUCUGUGUAUUGGCAUUAAAUAUCUUGAAUGAAAAAAUCUACAUAUUUUUGUGGUUUUGGUUCAUUAUAUUAGCAGUCAUAUCUGGAAUGGCGUUAGCUUACAGUAUUGCUGUUGUAACAUUACCCUCAAUUAGAGAAACAAUUUUACUACGUCGUUUUAAAUUUGGUACACCACAAUCAGUAUCAGCACUUAUUAGAAAAACACAGGUUGGAGAUUUCUUGUUAUUACAUCUUUUGGGCCAAAAUAUGAAUAUGGGACAGUUUACCGAAGUAUUAGAUGAUCUCAGUUCACGAUUACAUUUGGGAAAUAAUUUACCAACUGCUCCUUCAACCCUAGAACUAUCACCGAUGUAUCCUUUGGAUAAAUUGAGACUUCACAAAGAAACUGAAGCUUAGACUUGAUAAAUAACAAAAAAUAAAUCAUUGUCUAUAGUUUUUUAUCUAAUGAGAAAAACACUUGAAGUCGAACAUUUUUAAUCUCA